CUCUGAUUGAUCAUUACAAACAAAUUUGGAAAGCGAACAUAAUAAAAAAAAAUAAAAAAAAAAAAAUAAUCUCCUCCUCUUUUUUAUUAUUAUUUAAAUAGAAUUAAUAUUAUGCCAACACUUGAUAUAAGAGGAUGCUUAGAAGAUUCUCCUAUAUUCAGAAAACGCAUCCAUUCUCAUGAAGAUUCCAUUCAUAGUUUUGAGCAAUCCUUGAAAACUUUAAUUAAACUCGCUCGUUCACAAGUUGAAAUAUCCACUGCUUAUAGUCAACAACAAAACGAUUUAGCUCGUGAAUUUUUAUCUUUUGCACAAGCUCAAGAUGAUCCUAUCGUUGCUCAAGCUUUAGAUAAGUUUGGUAAAUCAAUUUUUGAAGUAGAAAAGAGCCGACAUAUGCAUAAUACACAUAUAGUUGACACUUUUAUCGAGCCACUUAAUGAGUUUGUGAAGAGCACCAUUGGACCUUUAAAAGAAUUAAGAAAGAGAUUUGAAAAGUCAAGUGAUGAUGUUGACUUGGCUUUAUCGAGAUAUAUGAGUAAGAAACCCAAAGAUCCGACUUUACAGGAGUCUGCAAUUGAAUUAGCCGAUAGUAGAAAAGCGUUUCAUAAAGUAUAUAUGGAUUAUGUAUUAAAAUUAAAUGAUAUAGAAGCAAAGAAAAAAAUUGAUUAUAUGGAAAAUGUACUUGCAUACAUGUAUACUGAAUCAGCAUUUCAUCAUCAAUGCUAUGAAGUUUUAAAAGAUCUAGAACCUUAUAUGCGUGAUUUGACAGGAUUGUUACAUGAUUCAAGGGAAAGAUAUGAGGAAGAUUCUCGAGAAUGUCUUGUUUAUCAACAAAUUUGUGAACAGAAUACAAUUGAAGAAUAUAACCCAAUGCAAGUGAAUGGAAGUAUGGCAACUGAAGAAACACCUAAUGCUCAUAAAUCAGGUUAUCUUUUUGAAAGAAAGCAUGGACGCGUGUAUCAAAGUUGGUCCAGAAAAUAUUAUAGUAUUGUUGAUGGUGAAUUAAUGUGUACAACCCGUAAUUCAAAGUCUUCGUCUAAAGAAGAUGAUGGAUGUCAAGUCUAUAAUUUGCGUGUAUGUAGUGUAAAGUUGGCAGAUAGUUAUGAUAGAAGAUUUUGUUUUGAACUUAUUUCCCCAAACAAAGUUUUAGUAUUACAAGCUGAAAAUGAACAAGACAUGAAUGAAUGGAUUACCAGUAUACGUACUGCAAGUCAAAUGGCAUUAAAUUCUGAUAAAGCACCAAGAUAUGCUCAACAAGCACCUAAUCUUCGAAAAAGUAUUUUAGAAAUAUCUUUGAAUAAAUCACAUGUAGAAGAGGACAAAGAUGAAGAACAAAGUAAUAAAGAAUCUCUCAAGAUGAUUCGAAAAGUAGAAGGAAAUGAUGUAUGUGCUGAUUGUGGUGCCAAGGAUCCAGAGUGGGCAUGUACAAAUCUAGGUAUCAUUGUAUGUAUUGAAUGCUCAGGUAUUCAUAGAAGCUUGGGUGUUCAUGUCAGUAAGGUUCGAUCUAUUGUUUUAGAUAAAUGGGAUUCAAAUUCAAUCGAGGUAAUGUUAAAGUUGGGUAACAAGAUAGGGAAUAGUAUUUAUGAAGCUUUAGUUCCUGAAAAUAUGGAAUCUCUUCGAAUUCAGACUAAUUCAAAUAGAAUGGAUCGCGAUUUAUGGAUUACUGAAAAAUAUGUCAAGAAAACAUUUGUAACACCUAGUAUUUUGGAUCAAGAAUCUUUAGAUAAGGAGUUUUGGAAUGCAGUGAUUGAGGGAAGACUAGAUAGAUCACUCAAAUGUCUUGCUCAGGGUGCUCAUGUUGAUUACAAAAAUCCAGAUGAUGGUCUCAAGACAGCUUUACAUAAAAUAGUAGAUAAAGAUGACCAAGUCCUUGUUGAAUUUCUAUUACAACGUCUAAGCGAUAUAAAUCAGCAAGAUGCUCGAGGUUGGACUGCACUUCAUUAUGCUGCUGUUAAUAAUAAUGUUCAACUUGUCUUGGCCUUAUUAAAGAGACAUGCAAAAGCAGAUAUAAAAGAUAAUUCAAACAUGGUAAAUGUAUAAAUGUAUUGAAAUAUUUAUUCUAUAUUAAUUUUUUUUUUAAUAAAGUCACCAUUGGAUUUAGCGGUUGAUAGACAAAGUGUGCAGGCAGUAACAGCAUUACGUCUUUUUGUAUUCGAUAAACAACAUAAUGCUUCCCCUUCAAGCUCAUUAGAUUUUGGAUUUCGAGAAGCCAUGUCAUCUUUUAAAUACACAAAUAAUGAUCGAGCAUCUCAUUCAGCAGUUGAUUUACGAAAAACGACUUCAAUGGUACCCAAAUCGAACGGCAUACUUCAUGAUGAUCAAAAUAGUCAAUUAUUACACGCAGAAAAGUAAUAUACAUAUAACCACCCUCUUAUUUUAUAUUUAUAAAUGUAUAUGUAUAAUUCAUUUUAUAAAGUCCCUUUCUUUUCUAAAAUAAAUAAAUAAAUAAAAGAAAAG